AUGCAGAAGAAGGCCUUUAUUAAGUCUAUUCUUAUUCCCAUUGCAGCCGAUAAGCUUUAUGCCAUCAAUAUGUUCUUUCUUGUCUGGAUAUGUACAGCAUACAUUCGCUGGAAAGUCUAUCUCUUUACCGCCAAAUACCAAGAGAUCUCUUGGCUGGCCAAUGUUUUCAACUCUGAGUACUUUUAA